AUGAAGUCAGUCGAUGUGUGUUUCACAACGAAAGUUUCAAGUAAAUUCGCAUGUGAACUUCUUCUCGAGAACUUUUUUCUUGUUGUACAUCACAGGGAUGAGCAGCUAGAUACAAUUAUAAUUAAUCUGAUCAAAUCAUGUGGUUUCAAAGAUUCUAAUCCGGAUUGUAUAUGUGUCCUUCGAACAUGUUUAUUCGACGUUUAUCAAGAUCUUCUAAUGCGAUUAAAACAACAUAUGGAAUCACUGGGCUCGUCAGUCACAUUUCAAGAUGCUUUCGAACGAACAUUAGACGAAGUGAAUCAUUUUUAUCAUGUUUAUGCAAUCAAUGACACAGUUACCUUGAUUUUGUCAUUCGAACACAGCGAAGUUAACAACGAUAAUACCAAAACACGUGUCAAAAGUAAAUAG